CGCAUCUUAGAACGUGCUGAGCCGUUUGAAGCGCUUUCGUAUGAAUGGGGCGCGGCCACUAACCAACAAAUCAUUUUGCUGGAUGGACGACCGUUUGCAGUCAUCAGCAACCCCCACGUUGCUCUAACGCAUCUGCGCAGAGAGAGCGAAACCAGGUGUCUGUGGGUUGAUGCGCUUUGUAUCAAUCAAGCCGACCACCAUGAACGUAGUAGCCAGGUUGCUCACAUGCAGCACAUAUACCGGCUAGCCAAGACAUCGUUUUUCUUGGUAAUACAUGGCCAGGGUGUGAUGCAGUCACGGACUUGAUGGUUGCUGGAGGGGGUGACGAAGCUCUGCAUUAGGAUCCGUCGUUAGAGCCACAUAUCACCAGCCACGGAAUGAACGCCAGCUCUGCCGAGUUGGAAAAUCACAUCAUCGCCUUUUUUGCUUCCCCUUGGUGGUUCCGAGUGUGGACAGUGCAGGAGUAUUGUCUUGCCUCAAACGUUGUUCUUCAAUACUGCAGCCGCAGUAUAAACACUGAUCUACUCAGCAAAUGGUACGCGAAUUACAUUCAUCACUUUUCAACCUGCUGUCGUAAAUUCCAGGCGUCUUUCAAUACACCAAUGGAAAAUAUGCAGAAUUUAGAGAGAGUAGCCGAAAGCUUACGGCGGCUGGAAUCGCUCUUGCGACAGCGUCUUAUUCGCAAGGGUGCCACCUUUGUGAAUAUCAUGACGCACUUUAGAUUCCGUCAAUGCCUAGAUCCACGAGAUAAGAUCUAUGGGCUGCUGGGUCUCAUGGAGCCGGCAGUCCGGGAUUCCAUACAGCCCGAUUACAUCCGGCCGCCGAAGGGUCUAUAUCUUGAUGUGGUACUGGCGUCUAUCAAGAGUACCAAGUCUCUUGACAUCCUCAGCUGCAAGCAUGGCACCAAGACGCUGGACUUGCAACUUCCGAGUUUUGUGCCAGAUUGGACGGCUCACGUAAGUGACACGAUGCACCAAGCGCCGUAUGAACGACUGCACUACGCACUUCCUCGAUAUCACGCGAGCAACCACAACCUCCCAGAUUUGCAACGCACAAGCCCAGACCAAGUCAUAAUCUCGGGUUUGCGUGUGGACCGAAUUAGGUCAAUUGCAGAUUGGGGACAGACCUGGAAGACGCGACUAAGUUCUUGGCGAGAGCUUGCAUGCGAAACGCCAUAUGUCUGCCCAUAUCCGGACGGCGCAACUGCUUUCUGGCUGUCAAUGUGCGGUGGAAUCUUCCCCAAUAACGACUUGGAUAAUUUCGAUGUGCGGCCCGCGAAUGAUCGUGAUGUUCGGUCCUUCUGGCUUUGGGAAGACUACAUCAACUCUGAACUUCUCACACAGCCUGCCGACCGUGCUUCGGAUUUCCAAUCGUCGUUCUAUAUAGUCUUCGCAAUGCGAGAAUUCGCCAUUACAGAGAAGGGCUACAUCGGGUGGGUGCCGUUAGGAAGCGUAGAAGGAGACAGUAUCGUACUGCUGAGUGGAGGCAAAGUUCCUUACGUUCUACGACCUAUCGAGCCGAAUGCGGCGACUAGAAACGAAACGGACCUUGGUACUACAAACGAGGGCGCGGCGUUUCAAAUAUUCAAAUUCAUUGGGGAUGCAUACAUCCAAGGGGUAAUGCAGGGCGAAUGCUACGAUCUGAGCAAGCUCGAACAAUUUCGUCUAGUCUAAGUUAGGAGGUUAGAAUCGUACUUGCCCAGCGAAUUCACUUAGGAACAUAUAAAGGACAUCAGACAUGCACGCCCUUGCCUGUUUCGGUUAUUUGAACGCCGGAUCAAGAUCGUUAAUGUUUCCCAGUCUUGGCCCUGCACAAAGUGUCAGGGUGAGAAUCUGGGGUAGCCAGGUCCCGAAUCUUCCUCCAACGGGACAAUUAUCCGAUCACCACUAUAUAUCUCUGACCCGCCAAGUACUGAACGUCGAAUCCAA